AUGACACAGCAAUUCGCGCAGAUGGGCAUGGCACCGCAACAACAGCAGCCCGCACAAGCUCCUCAGCAACCUGCUCCUGUCGCCCAGCGUCUGAAUCCUCUCCAGCCUGUCGACAUUAGCGUUCAGGGCGCUCCUUUCCAUGUUUCAGAUCUGGAUCUGUCUCCUCCCCCUAUCAUUCUGCCUCCUAACUCCAGCGUGACCCCCUCACCCAACGCCAAUUGUCCACCUAAGUAUGUCCGCUCGACAUUGAACGCUAUUCCCUCGACAAACUCCCUCCUCAAGAAGUCCAAACUUCCUUUCGCGCUAGUCAUUCAACCUUACGCUACCCUCCAUGAUGCCGAAGACGAUGUACCUGUUCAGCCCGACCAGGUGAUCGCAAGAUGUCGCAGAUGCCGUACAUACAUCAACCCCUUCGCCACGUUCCUCGAUCACAGCCACCGCUGGCGCUGCAACAUGUGCAACCUGACCAACGACGUUCCCCAGGCUUUCGAUUGGGACAACAUGAAGCAGCAAGCUAUCGACCGCUGGCAGCGACCUGAGCUGAACUACUCGGUCAUGGAGUUUGUUGCUCCUCAAGAAUACAUGGUCAGAGCUCCACAGCCUCUAGUAUAUCUAUUCCUGUUCGACGUCAGUGUCGCUUCGGUUCAGAGUGGUCUCCUGGCAACUGCCGCACGCUGUGUCGCCGAGUCGCUCGAUCGCAUUCCCAAUGCCGACCGCAGAACUCGUCUUGCCUUUAUGGCCGUCGACUCGAGCUUGCACUACUUCACCAUCCCUCGCGACGACAGCGGUGUCACCGACUCAAACAUGCUGGUAGUAAGCGAUCUCGACGAGCCUUUCCUUCCCACACCCGAUAGUCUCCUCGUAAGCUUGGCCGAUUCGCGUCAAAACAUCGAGACUUUCCUCGGAAAGCUACAGUCCAUGUUCCAGAGCACCCAGAACGGUCUCUCCGCCAUGGGCUCGGCUAUGCGUGCUGGGCACAAGAUGAUUUCUCAUGUUGGUGGAAAGAUGGUCGUUUUGACUGCUUCUCUGCCCAACCACGGUUACGGCAAGCUUGACAUGAGAGAGGACAAGAAGCUCCUUGGAACAAGUAAGGAGAGUUCCUUGCUUCAGACCGCCAACGCUUUCUACAAGAGUUUCGCAGUCGAGUGUUCAAAAACUCAGGUUUCGAUCGACAUGUUCCUCUUCUCUUCACAAUACCAGGAUGUCGCAUCACUCAGCAACUUGCCUAGAUACACUGGAGGUCAGACAUAUUUCUACCCUGCCUGGAGCGCAGCACGUACCGAGGAUGCCAUCAAGUUUGCCACAGAGUUCAGCGAUUACCUGUCUUCGGAGAUUGGUCUGGAGGCCGUCUUGCGUGUCAGAGCCACCACUGGACUGCGCCCAAGCACUUUCUAUGGCAACUUCUUCAACCGUAGUUCGGAUCUCUGCGCUUUCCCUGCAUUCCCUCGUGACCAAGCAUACGUCGUCGAGAUCGCCAUUGAUGAGUCAGUCACAAAACAGUUUGUCUGUUUGCAGGCUGGUGUCUUGCACACAACAUGCAAUGGCGAACGUCGCAUUCGUGUCAUGACCCUAUCGAUUCCUACCACACAAAAUCUGGCCGAUGUUUACUCAAGUGCCGAUCAACAAGCUAUUGCUGUCUACUUCAGUCACAAGGCAGUUGAGAGAGCUUUGUCCAGCGGUCUCGAUGCUGCUAGAGAUGCUCUCCAGGCCAAGAUUAUCGAGCUUCUUCAAACAUACAAGAAGGAGCUUGCAGGCGGUAACAUGGGUGGCGGUGGUCUCCAGUUCCCUGUCAACCUCAGAGGCCUACCAACUCUGUUCUUGGGUCUCAUCAAGAACCUCGGUCUCCGCAAAUCUGCCCAAAUCCCCAGUGAUCUCCGUUCUGCGGCCUUGUGUCUACUUUCGACGCUUCCCCUGCCUCUGAUGAUCCAGUAUAUUUACCCUCGCCUGUACUCGUUGCACGACAUGCCCGAGACUGCUGGUCUUCCCGAUCCGACCACUGGCGCCAUUGCUAUGCCUCCUCCGCUCAACUUGACUUCAGGCAACAUCGUUCCCUUUGGUCUGUACCUCAUCGACGACGGUCAGACACAAUUCCUGUGGCUUGGACGUGACGCUGUUCCAGCACUAAUAAUGGACGUCUUUGGCACUGAUGACAAGAAUGCACUGAAGCAGGGCAAGACUUCAUUGCCUAUCAUAGACAGCGAGAUGAACGAGCGCGUGCGUGCCGUGGUCGAGAAGAGCCGAGACCAUCGUGCCAAGGGCUGUGGCAGUAUCGUAGUACCCUCGCUAUAUCUCGUGCGCGAAGACGGCGACCCAAGUCUCAGGCUUUGGGCUCAAAGUCUUCUCAUCGAAGACCGUGCCGACAUGGGUGUCAGCUCAGCUCAAUUUAUUGGCAUGUUGAGAGAAAAGGUGAGCAUUUCCUAG